ACAGUGGAUAUUGUCGGGCGAUGUGAGAGCACCCCCCCCCCCCCCCCUCCCCCCAUCCCCCUCCCCACCGCCGGGUACCGACCGGCCCCUCAACCGCGUGGCAGGAGCGGGUGGCCACUGCAGCGCGGCGCAGCUGAAGGAGCGCACACGCGGGAGAGACGUGCAGGCGGAGGAGGCGCACGGAGCCAACGUCCCCUGCGCCGACCGGUGGGCUGAUAAUCUGCAGCAUCCCGUCGUUUCCAACAUGCCCGCGGGGACUGAAAGGCUCGCUGGGAUUAGUGCGCUGCUCGCAUCGCUGCUGCUGCUGCUGCUGCUGGGCUCCUGUGGGACAGGUGGAGAAGGUGGAGGAGGUGGAGAAGAGGCGUGUGACAGCCCGCUGGUGGGCAGUCUGCCCCCGCCAUCGUUCAGAAGCUCCUCCCAGCUGACCAGCAGCCAUGGGCCCGUCUUUGCUAAGGUCAACAGGAGGGAAGGAGCUGGAGGUUGGUCCCCACUCGUCUCAGACAGAUACCAGUGGUUUGAGGUCGAUCUGGGGAGGCGGACCUGUAUCACUGCUGUUGCUACCCAGGGACGCUACGGCAGCUCUGAUUGGCUAACGGCUUACCUGUUGAUGUUCAGCGACACGGGUCACAACUGGAGACAACACCGGCAAGAAGACAGUUUCGGGGCUUUCCCAGGAAACAGUAAUGCAGAUUCUGUGGUCAAGUACAAGCUUAAGCAGCCGGUAAUUGCUCGCUACCUCCGGCUUAUUCCUCUGGACUGGAACCCCUCUGGGAGGAUUGGACUGAGACUGGAGAUAUAUGGAUGUCGUUAUACUUCUGAUGUGGCCAACUUUGAUGGCAGCAGCAGCCUGGUCUACAGGCGGAGUGCGCGCCCGAGCUGGAAGGCGAUGGAGGUCGUCUCUCUGAAGUUUAAGACCCACAAGAAUUCAGGGACGCUGCUCCAUGCAGAGGGCAAAAGAGAUGACAGCCUGACGCUGGUGUUGGAGAAGGGACGGCUGCUGCUCUACCACCAACAAGGUGUGAGUUCGUCCUCCAGCGGGCAGCUUCUUCUUGCUGUGGGAAGCUUGCUGGACGACCAGCACUGGCACCAUGUAAAGCUGCAGAGGCUCAGCACUCACCUCAACCUCACGGUGGAUAAAAACACUCGUCAGGUUCACACACCAGCGGAGCUCAUUCACUGGGACAUUAACCAGCUGAGUCUCGGAGCUGUCCAGAGCCACGGACUGCAGAAACCCAUCUUGUCAAACAAGAAUUUCCAUGGCUGCAUGGAGAACCUGCUCUACAAUGACCUCAACCUGAUACACCUGGCUAAACGGAACAACCACCAGGCCUCUGUGGUGGGCAAUGUGACCUUUUCUUGUGCUGAACAAGUUUCAGUUGCUGUGACGUUCACUCACUCCCAGAGCUUCCUGCAGUUGCCAGGACUGACAUCUUGGUCAUCAGGUGUUGUCUCUAUGGCGCUGCAGUUUCGCACGUGGAACAAGGCUGGGCUUCUCUUGACCUUUAACCUCUUGCAGAAGGGGGGCACAGUCUGGCUGUACCUGAGUGAGGGCAGACUCCGCCUACAGAUUAAUAAGGCUGGCAGGGCCGAGCUUGAGUUGAGCGCCGGUUGGUCCAAGCAGGACUUUGCCGAGUUACACCUACAGAGAGGUUCAGGUCUGAAUGACGGUCAGUGGCAUUAUGUGGAGCUGAACUCCAGACAUGAUCAUCUGAGCAUCACAGUGGACACAGACGAAGGAGCCACAGCUCACACCAGCAUCCCCCUCCUCCUCACCACAGACAGCCAACUCUUCUUUGGUGGAUGUCCUGCUCAGGAGGGCAGUCCGCAGUGCAAGAACCCCUUCAAAGUGUUUCAAGGCUGCAUGCGCCUCUUAACUGUGGAUAACCAACCCGUGGACCUGAUCAAAGUGCAGCAAAGGCUGCUGGGAAAAUACAGCCACUUGCAGAUUGAUAUGUGUGGCAUCACCGACAGGUGCUCCCCCAGUCGCUGUGAACAUGGCGGCCGAUGCACUCAGUCGUGGAGCACCUUCCACUGUAAUUGCUCCAACGGGGGCUACAGAGGAGCCACCUGCCACAGCUGUAAGCACCCAGCAACACGGCAUGCGCAGGUCUAUCAAAUGCUUGGUGCCCAAAAUAUAGCAAUGACAACAGAAGCAAAAUAUGAAAAGUCGUGUGAGGUGUACAAACACAAAGGCAACACAUCAGGAUAUUAUCACAUCGACGUGGACGGCAGCGGACCGAUCAAACCCCAGCUUAUCUACUGUAACAUGACAGAGGACGUGUCAUGGAUGGUGAUCCGGCACAAUAACACAGAACUGACAAGAGUCCAUUCGUCCCCUGACAGACACGGACAUUUAGCCCACUUUGACUACGCUUCUGAGGAGGAGCAGUUAGCAGCAGUCAUCAGCCAAUCGGAGCGCUGUGAGCAGGAACUGUCCUACCUGUGCAGGAAGUCCCGAAUCCUCAACACACCAGAGGGUGCUCCGUUGGCCUGGUGGGUGGGAGGUGCGGGUCCAGGUGAGAUCCAGACGCACUGGGGCGGCGCUCUGCCGGGCAGCCGGCAGUGCGCCUGUGGUCUGCAGGACAACUGUCUGGAUUCAAAUCACUACUGCAACUGUGAUGCUGACCUUGAGCAAUGGGCUAAUGACUCAGGUCUGCUCACCCAUAAGGGAAGCCUCCCAGUCAGGUCUUUGGUGCUGGGGGACAUCCAGCGGGAAGGGUCCGAGGCUGCCUACAGGGUGGGACCCCUGCGUUGUCAUGGAGACAGGAACUUCUGGAACGCUGCGUUUUUUGACAAGGAGACGUCUUACCUUCACUUUCCCACCUUCCACGGCGAGCUGAGCGCCGACAUCGCUUUCUUAUUCAAGACAAAGUCCUCCUCUGGGGUCUUCUUGGAAAACCUUGGCAUCAAGGACUUCAUCCGGAUCGAACUCAGAUCUGCCUCGGAGGUCGUCUUCUCUUUCGACGUGGGAAACGGGCCGCUGGAGGUCCGGGUGGAGACGAGCGUCCGGCUGAACGACAACCGGUGGCACAGCAUACGGGCCGAGCGCAACGUGAAGGAAGCGUCCCUGCGCGUGGACGGAUUCCCUGCCGCCGUGCACGAGGCCCCUGCUGACGGACACACUCAGCUGCAGCUCAACAGCCAGUUGUUCAUAGGAGGCACCGCCUCCAGACAGAAGGGCUUUCUGGGCUGCAUCCGCUCUCUGCAGCUGAACGGCGUGACUUUGGACCUGGAGGAGAGGGCAAAGGUCACCCCAGGAGUCCGACCCGGGUGCCCGGGCCACUGCAGCAGCUACGGCUCUCUCUGCCAGAACCAGGGUCGCUGUGUGGAAAGAGUCAUUGGCUUCUCCUGCGACUGUGACCAGUCAGCCUACACUGGAGCCUUCUGUCAUGAAGAGGUUUCAGCCAGCUUUAAGUCAUCAACGUCUGUUGCCUACAAAUUCAAGGAGUCCUAUGAAGCAAAGAGGAACAUCAGCACCUCGCCUUUCUCCAUUUACUCUGAUCUGACGCUGAGAGGAGAAAACAUUUCUCUGAGCUUCAGGACCAGUCAGUGUCCUGCUCUGCUGCUCUACGUCAACUCUUUCCAUAGGGAGUACCUGGCACUACUCAUCAACAAACACAAUGAGCUGGAAUUGAGGUACAAGUUGCACGGCAGCAGAGAUGUGGAAGUGAUGGGGAGCGGAGUCACAAACUUGGCCGAUGGACUUCUGCACACAGUGACCAUCAGGAGACUGGCUGACGCCGUCACUGUGCAGAUUGACCAGAAUGCCAAGGAGCACUUCAGCUUGACAUCUGAUAUGGAAUUCAACGGCAUCAAAUCACUCAUUCUGGGCAGAGUACAGGAGUUUGAGGAGGUGGAUGCAGAGCUCUCCAGCUUGGCUUCUCUCGGGUUCACUGGCUGUCUGUCAGGUGUUUGCUUUAACUCCAUCAGUCCCCUGAAAGCUGCCCUGCUGCACCCGGACAGCCCUGUUAUUGUUAGCGGCCCAUUGGUCCAGUCGAGCUGCGGCGGCUCCUCCACUUCGGCCAAUCCGUACACGACAGAAACCACGCACUCCUUAUCAGACCAACCUGGUUCUGUGGAUCCGGGUCAACCUUUGGUGAACUCCAUCAGGAGUGACUCAGUGCUUGUCGGAGGUGUGAUUGCAGUGGUGACUUUUGUCACUGUGUCUGCCAUGGCGAUAAUGGGCAGAUUCAUCUGUAGCAGGAAAGAGACUUAUAGAAAACAGGAGGUAAAAACAGCAGCACAGCCAGAAGAUUGCCACGAGCUCCCAUUCAGCGGCCGGGCCGAAUCUCUGGGCGCUCCCAGUGAGAACCAAAAGGAAUAUUUCAUUUGACAGGAUCCCGGAGUGAGCACUGACCCGACAGGACAGAACCGCAGGAAUUACCCAGAGCUCCGAGCCGCUGAGCCACUGGCACCGGAUUAAUGUGAAAAAACAGAACAAUUUUGGAGUUGUUUUAGUUCCUUUCUGCUGUCAUUCUAAAGAUGUGCUGUAAAUAUUGCUGAGUGGUUAUUUGUGUGCUUAUAAUAAUCAUCAUCCAACAAUUUGAAAAUAAUUCAAUGGAAACACACAGAAUUUAUCUGUUUAACUCUUUUCCAGUUGAACAAAACUUUGAACUUGUUCAUUUAUAACACACUUUUUCUACAAGGACGAUACACCUUCUGCAAUGUGUGAUGUCGGAGCCAUGCAGUAUCUGUCAUAUAAUGAGAAGAAUAUAAACACAAUUUCAGAAUCAGCUGAAAUCUGUUGCAAGUAAACAGGAUUUCAACACAUGCUGUAUUUAUGAAUACAUUAAAGUCACUUGUUUGGUCUUUCACACUUUUGCUCUUUGAGUUAGUCAGGAAGCUUUUAUGUUACUUGCUUGACUUUUUCUUUAUAUCAUGAGAAAAAUAAAAACUUUAUAAAGAGACGAGUAUAUUUUUGGGGAUACUUUUACUUCUUGCCUGCACAGUACAUUUAGCAGCCGACACCUGAAAUCUCAAAGUAACUUUCAACAGUGAAGCUGCAGCACAGACCAUAAAACCCCGACUGUCUGUCACCUCUCCUGCCCGGCCAACAAUCCACGUGUGCCUGACAAGUAUACUACGAUAUAAUAAGAAUGGAAAUCGAGAGGUUAUUAAAGGACAGACGGAAUUGAAGAGAAGCUUCCUUCCUGCUUUCACUAUGAUUUCAUACCCAUUGAUGUUGCUUUCUUACUGCUGGGGUAUCUGUUCUUUAAUGAACACAUCUACUGUAAAAGCAAGAUUAUGAUAUAUUGAAUGCCAGACUGUGGUGUGGAACGAUAAUGCCCCCAGUUGAAUGGCAGAACUCUAGCUGAGAACAAAAUAAAAGUAAACUGUGUGAACACUAAUUCAAGUCAUUGCGUUGUCACGACAGCAACAACAAACUGUGGUAGAAACACUGUGUUUUGACUCAAAUGAGGUCUUUUGUUUUCUUCUUAAUGAAAGCUGAAACACGGCAUCACUCUCAAGACUAAAUUUAACUAACGAACUAAUGAUUUACGUCAUGGAUUGUUUUACUUCGUAAACUUUCAAGGCGAAGUUUCUACAUAGAACAUGACAUUGUUAAUGUGUAUUUGUAUGCUUCUUUCUGUGGAUGGAGAUAAGAGCAGCUGACUAAAUUAAUAAAACAUCAAGGACAU